CCAUACAACCCAUUUCCACUAAACCAUCCAGCCAGACCCAACCCUAAAUACAUAUACUCCUUAUACACCAAACCUCCCCAUUAUCCAUCGGUUAAACCUACUGCACCUCGAUCGGGAAAUUACUUCUCCCUCACCGAACUAUUCGUCUUUGAUGCUCUAAACCUACUUCUUCCAUCCGUAUCUCCUCCUCCCCUCCUAUGCACCAAAGGAUCAUCCGUAAAUCUCAUGCUCUCUGUGGAUGGAUAGGACUUAUCCGGUGGAGACGAAGCUUAGCCGGUAUACUACCUGCGUAUUCCCGUUGCCGGCCGAUUGUCAUAGUUUCGACUCUAUUUUCGGUCUAAACCACAAAAAAUGAUUUUAUUUUUGAGAACUAUAAAGAACUCAAAAAUUACGAACUCAGCAUUUUCUAAAGCCCACACCACUUAUUUUGAGCCCAAUAAAUUACGGAGUACUUCGUAUGAGCAAUGAAUCCAUAUCACCAAAACCUAAGGUCAUAUAUAACGUGGCUUUAGACUUCAGCCGCCUUCAUCUAUCCGUACGCCCCAUUCAAAAAGCUAUCUGUCCAUUACUCAUAGCGCAUGUCGGUGAUUGGACUUUGCAAAAUUCCGACCAACUCCGUUAAAAAUUCUUUGUUACUACUCCGAUGGUUGAUUCCCGUCUGUAGUGCUAUUUGAUGUUGGAUUGGCCCUUAAUAGACCAUCUCAAAGUUGACGGCGGCUGAGAGAAGGUCAAAGGAUCUCAGACAAUGAUUUAGUCUUCCAUCGUUAUCUGGGGAGCUCUGCAGCUUUGCAUUUACUGCUUUCAUAAGAUCAAAUCGGCUUCAAUAUACUCGGCCACAUCCCCGCCUCCCCGCAUUUAAUGCUUUUUUGGAGCAGUAAGCUGGGCACUUAGUUGAUCUUUAUUGAGCCACGGAAAUGUCAUAUCGGCCUGCAAUUGUUGACCAAAGAAGACAAAUCAGCCUGCAAUGCUUUGAAUACCCAACCCGACCCGCUGCAGACCCGACCCGACCCGUUUUUGGCCCACAACUUUGGGCGGGAACACUGUUCAUAUUUUACUUUGCUUUUGUAUAAUAGAAGAUUACUCCCUCGGUCCAAAAUUGAGUUGUAAAAUUUGCAUUUUUUGAGUCAAGUAGAUUCAUUUAAUUAAAUUGAGUUGUAAAUUUCGAUCACUUAAUUAAGAUAUCAAUUAAUUAAAUUUUAAUUUGAGUUUUAUGAGAUUUCGAAUUUGGCACUAACGAGGUGAGGAGUAAUUUUGUAUUCGACUUGAAAAAUUGCAGGAAAGUGAUUACGUCCAUGCGUACGACAAGACACAUCCCCAUAACAUCAAUUUUACUGCUUUUCAACGCGGCGAAGGAGACGCGAAGUUAUAUUUCAAACUUCAACUUUGCAUCUCUUUUCACGCCCUGUUGCUGGGUUACGGAUGCAUAUAUAAACACCACGCUCGUUCACAAUUUCAUACCGAAUCACAAAUCAGCUCUCCUUUUUAUAUUCUAUUCUAUUUUUUACAGUUUUCCUGAACUUGAAUUGGAUUUUGGUGUCGUGGCAUGAUGGGAAGUUCAAUGGCGGAGAAGAAAAAGGUGGUGAUUGUUGGCGGAGGAGCUGGCGGCUCUCUUCUUGCAUAUACCCUUCAGAACUAUUGCGACGUUAUCCUAAUUGAUUCGAAGGAGUACUUUGAGAUUACAUGGGCUAGCUUAAGGUCAAUGGUCGAACCAUCAUUUGCAAAACGUGCAGUGAUUAAUCACAGUGAAUACCUUCACAAUGCACGCAUUAUUUCAUCUCCCGCAAUCAACAUCACGAGGAGUGAAGUUUUGACAGAACAAGGAGAGGGGUUUGCAUAUGAUUAUCUUGUUGUUGCCACAGGUCAUUUGGAUAAUGGCAGUUCCACAAAAAAUGAGAAACUCCAUUACUACCAAGAAGAGAAUGAUAAUAUCAAAGCUGCUAAUUCCAUAUUGAUAGUUGGUGGAGGACCAACGGGUGUAGAACUGGCUGCUGAAAUAGCCGUCGAAUUUCCUGAUAAAAAGGUCACACUUGUGCACAAGGGAUCAAGGUUGCUGCAGUUCAUUGGAGAAAAGGCUGGUAAGAAGGCAUUUGAUUGGUUAAUUUCAAAGAAGGUUGAAGUCAUCCUCAAGCAAUCUGUUAACUUGGACUCGGCCUCGGACGGUGUGUAUUGGUUAUCUGGUGGUGAAACCAUAAGUGCUGAUCGCCAUUAUGUAUGUGCUAUGAAGCCUUUUGCAACAUCAUGGCUAAAGGAUACCGAUUUGAGAGGUAGCUUGGACGACCAAGGGAAGUUAAUGGUUGAUGCAAAUUUGAGAGUCAAGGGUCACAAUAAUAUAUUUGCCAUUGGAGACAUUGUUGAUACCAAAGAACUGAAACAAGGAUAUAUAGCUCGAAACCAUGCAUUGUUGGUUGCCAAGAAUGUGAAGUUAUUGAUAAGUGGAGCAGAGGAGCAGAAAAUGGCGAAGUAUAAGCCCGGUCCAACAAUGGCUAUAGUUUCUUUAGGUAGGCGAGAGGCUGUGAUGCAAGUUGGGUGCAUAACCAUUUCUGGGCGGAUUCCGGGAAUGAUAAAGUCUGGGGAUUUGUUUGUUGGCAAAGCGAGGAAGGAACUCGGGCUAAAAUCUUAGCCUUCGUAGUCUUGCAAAUUGGUGUUGUUUUUUUUUGUCUUUUUUUAUUUAAUUGCUGAGUUAUAAGUAGCAUUCCACAUGUCUCAUUUUUAUAUUCAUACACUAUGAAUGUACAUUUUGAGUCUGAGAAAUAAUUAAAAGUUUGAUACCCGUGCUUCUUGACAUGGUAUUCAAGUUACAAGUUACAUUGUGAUGGUUUGAAAUUUCUUUGAGUUA